AUGGAAUGCAAUGAAAUGCUAGAGGAUGCCAUAGAGAAUGGUGUUCUUGCCUGCAGGUGUCUGUUAGCCAGUGCUUCCAGCAAACAGCUACAACAGAUGACUGCACAAGUAUCUCUGUUUGUGCUACCAUUCCCUCUUACACUGGUUGCUAUACGUGAACCACUGGCUCUUGUUAACCUGAAAAAGAAACAUGAAGAGACUGGGGAAGAGGAGCUUGCUUCUCGCCUGAAUCACUGCAAACCAAAAGCUACCAGGCACAUAUUUCUUAUCCGCCAUUCUCAGUACAACUUGGAUGGCCGAGCCGAUAAGAAUGGAACUUUGACCCCCCUGGGUCGUGAACAGGCUGACCUGACUGGGCACAGGCUGGCAAGCCUGGGGUUGAAAUUUGAGAAGAUUAUCCACUCCUCCAUGGCCAGAGCUACGGAAACUACAGAAAUCAUCAGUAAAUAUCUUCCGGGGGUCAAAAAAAUUAGCACUGAUCUGCUGAGAGAGGGAGCUCCUAUAGAACCGGAUCCUCCAAUCUCUCACUGGAAGCCGGAAGCUGUGUAUUACGAAGAUGGGGCUCGCGUUGAGGCUGCCUUCCGAAAUUACAUUCAUAGAGCAGAUGCAAAGCAAGAAGAAGAUAGCUAUGAAAUCUUUGUCUGUCAUGCAAAUGUGAUCCGCUACAUAGUUUGCAGAGCAUUACAGUUCCCCCCAGAAGGCUGGCUUCGGAUGUCCCUAAAUAAUGGUAGUAUAACACACUUGGUGAUCCGUCCAAAUGGAAGAGUGGCACUUCGAACGCUUGGUGACACAGGAUUCAUGCCUCCAGAGAAAAUCACACGCACCUGAGUUAGUACCAUUGAUGGCCAUUCUGGAGCUGCCUCUAGUCUCUGCACUAGUAUGUUCAGCUACAGUACCACUAGAUUUGUUUGUAAUACCAGGUGUGAUGCUGUUAAAAUUGUAUUCUAACUUCCUUUCUCCUUCACACAUGCCAGGCCUGCCUUUCAGUCUAGAAAAGAAGAGAUUCCAUUUUACAUAUGAAGAGAUAAAGUUGCUCACUUAAAUCCAGCAUCCUUGCUCUGAGCUAUGGAGUAUGGAAAGACUUAAUAAUUUUGUUCCCAGUGCAACCAGGCAUGCCAACUGCCUGGCUGUAAAGUGAAAGGGUCCUCUUCCCUCUUUAACCAGAGCUUGGGUUUUUUCCAAGGACUUUAUUUUCCUUGUGGUAAGGAGCAAAAUGUGCAGAUCCUGCUGAGAGCACCCUCUAUCACGCUAGGCUUGAUAUUGAAGACGAGCAAAGCUGCUUAACUCUUGCAGAAGACAUGGAUGAUUUGUGUAGAAGUUCUGCUGUACAGUUAUGAGUGGCUGUGCUUUCAGUGAACUGGUUUGUGUGUUAGAGAGGGAUGUCGCACAACUCUUCUGCUUGCUAAAGUUAAAUCACUGCUUGUCAGUGCCAAGUUAUCAAGGGAUUAUAGACAUUCACACUCCAGAACCUUCUAGGGGAAUACAUUCAGGCAAAAAGUUCAUGUACUUUUUAUAGAAAACUAAAGCUGAUAUUCAAGGGUGAUGCAGCACAUGCUCUGUUCUCUUCAGGGUGUCUUAAAGGUGGCAAACAUGGACCAGAUAAAUGCUUAGGGUGCUGAAAGCUGUCAUGCACCAAAAACUAGGGUCCCUAAACUUAAUUGGGUGAUGGUAGAAUCUGUCAAGCCUGAGAUUUCCUUUUAAAAAUCUCUUUGUAAUUAGUUUAUUCAUCUCUCUUUCUCCAUUGUCAGCCAUCCAAAGCUUUAAUCAUGGAAGUCAUUCUCUAGGAAUUCAUGCAGCUGAAACCAUGAGCUUGAUGCAAAAUACUGUGUGACACAGAUGACAGUUCAGUAAAACUGGGACUAGUAGAGCAGCUAAGUCCUGCAGGAGAAAAAUGCACGUGGGGGAAAUUAAAUGUGGGGUUGUCAAAUCAAUGCAAGAAACUGUAAUGUAUCUACUUUGUUGGCUUUUUAAACAUUUUUUGAAUAAAAAUAACUUGUCUGGC